UCACAUGUGACCGGAAGUGUGCCUCGGCUUUUUCCCGUCUGUUCGCGUCUCGUUUGGUGAGCCGCGCCGGUUUGAGCUGUGAAAGUGGCGCUGGAUACAUGGAGGCCGUUCGGCAUGAGCCCGAUGGUGGGGAACGGGCCCCCGGGGCCCUGGAGAAUGGGGGCGGGGCCUCCGGGGCCCCCAAUGAUGGCCAUGAGGGGCUCCAGGAUCCCAGGGCCGGCCAGGGGCCACAUGAAUCCGGGGUCGAUGAGGGCGCCUCUGAUUCCAGGGCCCGGGGUCCUGAGGGGCCCGGGGACUCCAACUCUGGGGGACAUGAGACCCUCGGGCAUACCGGGCCCGGCGCUGCUGAGGGGGCCGGGCGGGAUGAGGGGCCCCAGGAUACCAGGACCGGGGGGAAUGAGGGGCCCCGGGUUACUAGGACCGGGGGGAAUGAGGGGCCCAGGGAUGCCAGGACCGGGGGGAAUGAGGGGCCCCGGGUUACUAGGAGCGGGGGGAAUGAGGGGCCCAGGGAUACCAGGACCGGGGGGAAUGAGGGGCCCCGGGAUGCCAGGGGCGGGCGGAAUGAGAGGCCCCGGGAUACUAGGACCGGGGGGGAUGAACGGCCCCGGGAUACUAGGACCGGGGGGGAUGAAGGGCCCCGGGAUACUAGGACCGGGGGGGAUGAAGGGCCCCGGGAUUCCAGAAAUGGGCAGAAUGAGGGGCUCUGGAAUACCAGGACCGAGCGGGAUGAGGGGCCCCGGGAUACUAGGACCGGGCGGGAUGAGGGGCCCCGGGAUAUUAGGACCGGGCGGGAUGAGGGGCCCCGGGAUACCAGGACCAGAGGGAAUGAGGGGGCCCGGGAUACUAGGACCGGGCGGAGUGAGGGGCUCCGGGAUGUCACGACCUGCCACACCAUUGAGGGGCCCGGGGAGCCUACCUCCAGGAGCAGCCAGGCCCUCAGGAAUACCGGGCCCCACAGCGGCGACGACGAGGAACAUGAGGUUUUCGGGGUCAAUGAGGGGCCCGAUGUUUCAAGGGACAUUACCGCAGAGCAACGGAAUGCCAGGACCCAUGGCGCUGAGGGGCCCCCUGCUCCCGGGACCGACGGGGAGAGGCCCCAUGCUCUUGGGACAGGUCCCACCACGGAACCCGGGCAUGCUGAUCCCACCAAGGAGCCCACUGGGGAUGGGGUCCCAGAGGAACGGGCUGCCGGGGGGCUCAGCCCGGAUGUCGGCCACUUUAAGAAACCCAUCGCUCCCGGCCGGCCCGGCGGCCAUGAAAAGACCAUGGAACCCGGACAUGAACCAGCAGCACCCGGGCGGCCUCCUGUCCCAACCCCAGAUGGGGAAGCGGCCCCGGAUGUCGGGCCCGGGCUUCCCUCUGAUGCCUGCGGAUCGGCCCCCGCCAUUCCCUAUCGGGAGCCUCCCUGGUCAGGGCCGCCCGGGGCCCUUUACAGCCUGGAGGUACUGAAGGGGGGCGCCAUCCUGUCCACCAAGAACCUGACCGACGCCAGCUGGACCGUCUUCGGCCGGCUCCCCAUCUGCCACGUCUCCCUGGAGCACCCCUCCGUGUCCCGCUUCCACGCCGUGCUGCAGUACCGCCCCUCCCCCGAGCCCGACCACGAGCGCGGCUUCUACAUCUACGACCUCGGGAGCACCCAUGGGACCUUCGUCAACAAGGAGAGGAUCCCGCCAAAAACCUACCACCGCCUGAGGGUGGGCCACGUCCUGAAGUUUGGCGGGAGCACCCGACUCUUUAUACUGCAGGGCCCGGAGGAGGACCAGGAGGCGGAGUCUGAAAUGACGGUGACGCAGAUAAAAGAAGCGCGCCGACAGAGGGAGACUCUGCAGAAGAAGAUGCUGGGAGACGACUCCGAUGAAGAGGACGAGCCCUCCGAGGAAGGAAAGAAAGAGCGGAGCGGCACGGGAGCCGAGCCUGGCUGCACGUGGGGGAUGGGGGAGGACGCCCUGGAGGAGGAGAGCGAGGAGAACCCCAUCGCCUUGGAGUUUCAGGAAGAACGUGAAGCUUUGUACCUGAAGAAUCCCAAGAAAGCCCUGCAAGGCUUCUUUGACCGAGAAGGAGAAGAACUGGAAUUUGAUUAUGAGGAGAGGGGUCCGGCGUCUUGGAUCUGCCGUAUAAAGUUACCGGCAGACGAUCCCAAUGGGAAGCAGCUGGUAGCGGAAGUCAGCCAUUCCGGUAAGAAGAAGGAGGCGGCCAAUCUCUGCUCUCUGGAGGCGUGCCGCAUGCUGGAUAUGAGAGGCUUACUCCGCCAGGAGGCCGUUUCACGGAAAAGAAAAUCCAAGAAGUGGGAGGACGAGGAUUUCUAUGACAGCGACGAUGACACGUUCCUCGACCGUACCGGCGUAGUGGAGAAAAAGCGCCUGACCCGCAUGAAGAAGGCCGGCAAGAUCGAGGAAAAGCCGGAAACCUUCGAGUCGCUGACCGCUAAACUGGAGCGCGUGGAAAUGGAAAUUUUGGAGGUAGCGGCAAAACUGAGAACGUCUCACACAGAUGUGACUCCGCCCUCCGCGCAGGACCCCCUGGACGCCUUCAUGACGGAGAUGAGAGCCGGGAGCUCUAUGGACAGCGUGUCCCGCAAGAAGCUUCACCUGCAGUCCCUGGAGCUGAGGAAGGAGCAGCAAAGGCUGACGAGCCUGAUAAAGAUCGUCCAGCCAACCAAACUUCCCGAGCUGAAGGCCAACUCAGCGACCGAAGACGCCAAGGUGAAGAAGCUGACCUUACCCUUGUUUGGGGCCAUGAAGGGAGGAAGCAAAUUCAAGCUGAAGACCGGCACUGUCGGGAGAUUGCCACCAAAACGCACCGAUCUCCCGGCGAGCCUUUUCACCAUGAAAGACACAGAUGAGCCUGAAGAGGAGGAGGAGGAUUUGUUUUUUGUACCUCGAUCUGCCACUGAAGACAUCGGUUCCAGAAAUGUGAGGACAAAUGGAUGUUUUAACCCUUCACUUGUGUUCUUUGCUGCACAGGAAACCCGCGAAGGGGUGUGUUUUAGCGUUUAUGGUCCACCCAACCCCUCCCCCAACUUCUGAAUUGCAUCAUGUCUCUACACAGGUCUGCCAAUUAAGUUUUUUUUUUUUUUUUUUUUCAAGGAACGACCUAAAAGGUCAACCAAUGUAGAGAUAAAACGGCUUGGAGCUCCGCCCCGAGGAACGGAGCUCGUCUCUGCUCCAAACGUCAACCUGUACCAAAGGAAAAAUAUCCCUUGAGCCGCACAUCGUGACAAAUCUGCUAUAAAAGAGUGUGUGGGAAAGUCUCAGCUUGGGGGUCCGCCCAACGGUAUCAAGGCCGCAGCGAUCUCCAACUACGGCCCCCUCCAGCUUGUUGCGGGACUUCACGUCCCAUGAGGCAUUGUGAUACUCUGAUAUUCACAGGCAUGAUGGGAAUUGUAGUUCAUGAACAACUGUAAAGCCGUAGUUUGAGACCCCCCUCAAGGGGAUCAUGACUAACCUCCAGGGGGCGGAGCGAACUGUGGGGGCGUGGCCUGAGCCCAGGCUGAAGCUGGCGCACACACUCUUUCUUUCAUAGCAGAUUUGCAGCGAUGUGCGCCUCAGGGGGAAGUUUUCUUCACUACAGCGACUAAUGGUGGCCACACAUGUAUCAAUUGGAUCUUUUAGUUGAGACUUCAAAUCCAGAAGUUUCUUCAUUUGAUCAAUAUUUAUUAUUUAUUACUUUUUUUUUUUUUGUAAGGAUUGUAUAUUAAGGCGGAGCUCCAGCUUUAGUUUCCGUUUUUAAAAUAGUUCAUUCGGGAUAACAAACUAUUUCUCUUCACUGCUGGGGGUGUGCUGUAUAAACUGUACGUAGCCUCAGCUCAAAGGCAGGCUGAUGAUGUCACAACCUCUGACUCGGCCAAUCGGAGAAAGCUUUGUAUUCAUUAAUAGAAUACAAAGCUGCCUAUGAAUGGCUCAGGGGCACUCAGACUUGCACUAUCUUGUUCCAGGUGUGAGAUGGGAAGGAGUCCUCUCACCCCAGAAUACGGUGCUGUAUACUGUAUGUAGCCUGAGCUCAGAGGCAGACUGAUGUCUCAACCUUUGAUUCAUUGAUAGAAUACAAAGCUGCCUAUGAAUGGCUGAGGGGCACUCAGACUUGCACUAUCUUGUUCCCGGUGGUGAGAUGGGAAGGAGUCCUCUCUCUCACCCUAGAAUACAGUGCUGUAUACUGUACGUAGCCUCAGCUCAGAGGCAGACUGAUGUCUCAACCUUUGAUUCAUUGAUGGAAUACAAAGCUGCCUAUAAAUGGCUGAGUGCCGCUCACACUGAGGCUAUCCUUUUACGGGUGUGAGACUCGAAGGUCUCCUCUCUCACGUGGAACACAGUACUGUAUGCAAUCUCAGGUCAGCUCAGAGGCAGACUCAUGUCACAACCUUUGAUUCAUUGAAAGAAUACAAAGCUGCCUAUGAAUGGCUGAGCGCUGCUCAGACUGAGGCCAUCUUGUUACGGGUGUGAGACAGGAAGGUCUCCUCUCUCACAUGGAACAGAGUACUGUAUGUAGUCUCAGGUCAGCUCAGAGGCAGACUGAUGAUGUCACAACCUCUGCCUCAGCCAAUCAGAGAAAGCUUUGUAUUCAAUAAUGGAACACAAAGCUGCCUAUGAAUGGCUGAGCGCUGCUCAGACUGAGGCCAUCUUGUUACAGGUGUGAGACGGGAAAGUCUCCGCUCAGGGGCAGGCUAAUGUUGCAACCUUUGAUUCAUUUAUAGAAUACAAAGCUGCCUAUGAAUGGCUGAGCACCGCUCAUACUGAGGCCAUCUUGUUGCAGGUGUGAGAAGGGAAGGUCUCCUCUCUCACACUGAACUCGGUACUGUAUGCAAUCUCAGGUCAGCUCAGAGGCAGACUGAUGUCACAGCCUCUGACUCAGCCAAUCAGAAAAAGCUUUGUAUUCAGCUUUGUAUUAAUAGAAUACAAAGCUGCCUUUGAAUGGCUGAGCGCCGCUCAGACUGAGGCCAUCUUGUUACGUGUGUGAGACGGGAAGGUCUAUUCUCUCUCACACACGGAACACAGUACUGUAUGUAGUCUCAGCUCAGCGGCAGCCUGUUGUCGCAACCUCUGACUCAGCCAAUCAGAGAAAGCUUUGUAUUCAUUAAUGGAACAUAAAGCUGUCUAUGAAUAACUGAGCGCCGCUCACACUGAGGCUAUCUUAUUACGGGUGUGAGACGGGAAGGUCUCCUGUCCAACACGGAACACAGUACCGUAUGUAGUCUGAGGCAGACUGAUGAUGUCGCAACCUUUUGGUUCAUUGAUGGAAUACAAAGUUGCCUAUGAAUGGCUGAGUGCCGCUCAGACCAACUCUAACUUUUUUCCAGGUGGAGACGGGGAGAUCUCCUCUUGCACCCGGUAAACCGUGCUAUAUACUGUAUGAGGCCACAGCUGCACACCGUUUAUACAGCGCCCCCCAGAGGCUGCAAAUGUUAGUGAGGGAAAUGGUCUGUUUGGGCCAGCUUGGCCCGACUGAACUAUUGAAACUCAAACUAAAGCUGGAGAUCAGUUCAGAUCUAUUGGCCCUUUAAGAAGUUCUAAACACCAGAGGUGCUUCCUGGACUUCCCAGUCAUGUGAUCACUAUGAUUGGCUGUCGCAGUGAUCACCUGAUCAAGGACCCGACCUGCUGGCUAAGCUACCAGAAGCUGUUGGUGAUGGCGCAGUCGGUGCUUGGAGGGCACUUGAUUGAGCAUGCUCCCAGCACAAAAUGGGGACACUGCCCCCCCCCCACACACACACGUAGCCGCACACCAUAAACCCCCCACCAGGGAUCGGCGUACCGCCAACAUGGAGGGAAAUGUCGCCCUGAUGAGAUGCAAUCCCACCAAAAGGAUGCCAACGCACCGAGCCGCCGCCAGUCUCUGAAAACGUUUGUCGUCGGUUUCACAAGCUUUGUGUUUCGGGUCUUAUUCCUAAAGACUCGGCAGAACCUCUUCUCCCCCCAUGGACUGUCAGUUGUUAGAGUGGACAUUUUUAUUUUUGUCAUUUCCUUUUUUUUUUUUUCACCUUGUACAAUUUUGAAGCUGUAAAUACCUGUUUGUUUGUUUGUAACGUUGUUUCUAAAAUAACAUAAAAAAAAAGUGAUGUUGUUGGGUUAUCAGAUUUGGCCGUGUUACCUGUAGGGUUUUUAUUUCAUUUACUGUUUAGGUUUUUAUUGAUCAGUUUUUUUGCAAUAAAAUUAAUUGUGGAUCAAA